AUGGCGGGCAAUCCAGUCGACCCUCUGCAGACUCUUCAGGCGGCCUUGUCAGUGCAGGCAAACUCAAAGGAACAGGCAGAUUUGCUUGCUACGUUGCGUGAAUCACUUGAAAAUCACCCAGCACCCAUCCCCAUCCUUGUCGGAACUCUCAUUGGAAUCGUUAUAAACGCCGGUGAUUCGCUCCUGAAGAGAUGGGUUAUUGACCUCCUCCAUUUUGCCAUAUGUCGCUCCAGCUUGUCGCUGGAGCAACGCACACAGAUGGCAUCCCAGGCGUUGGACACCCUCGCCCAACUCGUAGACGACCCGAAACCCGCCAUUGUAAAGGUCGUCAUCCAAUGCCUUAGUACCAUGUACCCUCUGCUGUUCCGUCAACUGUGCACCAACCGAAGCAAUCCUUCUGCAUGGAACACUUUAUCGGCAUGCAAAAACCGGAUCAUUGAGUUUGUAUGGUCGCAAACGGUCAGCGUCGGGGUGAAAUUGUCGGCGAUGAAGUUUGUUCAACGCGUUAUUCUCGUCCAAACGCGCGGCAUAUCCGAUCCUAGGGUAGUCCUCUACUAUCUAUCUUCAAUAAAAUUUUCAUCACCUAAAUUUCCUCGCGAACGUUCACAGCUUCAGAACAAAAACGACCCAAACAUCUCCUUCUGCCCUGUUGACCACCCGUACAUCUCUGUUGCUAAACUCGAGAGCGAGGGCCAAAAGUUGUUGGAAGGGGUAGUGGCGACUCUGUAUUCCAGCCAGGAUGUUGAUCUACUCUCCGCCUUACUUAAUUCCUGGGUAACUCUGGUCAAGCAACGCCCCGCGACGCUGCCCUUGGUUGUCACGGCUUUGAAACAGUGGACACCAACAGCUCUGGCGGGGCUUUCUGCUUCGUCGGUGAAGAGUGUGGAAAAGGCCGUGCGGAUUCUCCUCAUGCAUAUAUCACGAAUUCCUGGCAACACGCAGUACGUCCCUCAAAUUAACCAAGCUCUUGCCCAGCAAGGUACCCGCAUGGACAAAGCUGCCGCGGAGGAAAAGAAGCGCAAAGCAGCCGCGAUCGAGAAUCGAAAACGCCCUUCUUCUGCACCCAACGAACAACCAACUGAUCCAAAGCGCGCCAAACUCGAGCCUGAACCCCAACCCGCUCCUUCACUCCUCGCUAAAACCGACUUCACCAAGUUCCCUGCGCCUCUCAUUGUUGAUCUUAUCGUCGCCAAUCUUGAGGCAUUUACUGAACCCGCUUUAAUCGCCCUCGUGCAAGCAUACCGUCAGAACAAUACACUGGGGUCCUCGACAACACCCGUCGCACCAAUACCCGUCGCGAUUCAGUCUGCUGCUCUUGCUCCGACCCCCGGUCACACACCCUCACCGACUAUUCCCACAGGACCAAGAAGGGCUGCUCACAAUGUUGUGGAGAAACCCGCUACACCGGUUUCUCAGCAAGUUAUUUCCGCAAAGGAAGAACCGGUGGAUCCCCUUCAAAUGGACAUUGAUGAAGAAGAAAUGGAGUACGAGCCCUCCAAAUUGAAUGAAGAGCUGUCAGGCGGCACUUCUCUUGAAGAAAGUGAUGCUUUAAUCACAGACAUCACCUCCGACGCCCUCAAUCUCCAACUCGUCGAUUUCAAGUUGCCACCGCCGAAGGAGCUACCAGAAGACGACAGGAUCAACUUAAUUGCUAGUGCUAUCACACGAAUAUGGGACGGCGCGGAAGAGCUCAAAACAAUGGGGGAAGCCAUUCCGGCGGAUUCCUCCCAAGCAGGGGGAAAUUCGGCCGCCGAAAUGUGGAUGCUUCUGUUGGUGAGAAUGAUCACAAGAGUUGCUGAACCGCCUCCGACGCCGGGGGGCGAUGAUGCGAUGGAUGGAUCGGGCAAUGAGAUGGUGGUACAUGACUUUUAUGCUCGGCAAGAUCAGCUACGACAAACAUUGUGCGACUAUAUCAUGACAGAUUUCCCAUCUCGAAUACGGCUUGCGACAACGUGGAUGAACGAAGAAUGGUACAAUGACCGAAUACGAUGUGAAAAAGACCCAGAUUGGCGAACAAAUUACGAUACAUGGUUAAACCAGAUCGUGGCGUCAUAUCAAACGCUACUGGAUGGGAAGGAUAGAACAUUUUCGCGCUUCCUUCUCGACCUGCCUACGAUCCCCUCGGAUGUUCUGGGUUUACUCCGCGACUUGUGUGUUGAUAGCUCCAGCCCCGAUCGAAUGCACAUCGGCUUUACUACGCUACGUGGGCUCGUCGUUCAGCGACCUUCAUUACGGGAUGAUGCCCUCAAGAUCCUGCUCGAGCUGACUACACAUCCUGAGAGAAAAACUCGUGGGGCUGCGAUUAACACCGUUAAACUCUGGGUACCCAGUAUUCAGCCCAUGGACAUGAUGAUCCGAGCGUUCGCGCUACAAAUGCUACGGAAGCUUCAACUACGACCGUCGGAAGUGGUGAAAUCUCCAUUAUCUUCCCGUCAGGACCCUGGAAGGGAUGAUGUGGUUAUGAACGGUGAUGUCGAAAAUGGUGAAGAUUUGCAAGCGGAAUCAGUGCACGUCAAUGGCGACCACCACCAAGACGAGAAUAUGGAAGAUGGCCAAUUACCACAAGAGGAUUUAGUGCACACACCAUAUUUGCCAGAACGCAUCGAGCUCCCUGCUAAAAAACCUCACGUGCUACAACACGUUGAGUUGCUCUUCGCUUUAUCAGUCAAAGUUCCAGAGUUUUUGGACGAGAUUUUUGUUGCUUAUGGCCAAAUGGAUAUCACAGUCCAAGAGGCUAUCCAAGACCUGAUAACGGCUUUGAUCAAAUCGCUUGGUUCAAGUCAUGGUAAGCUGCUCACGCUGAUGCGGACAUGCCCUCCAGGUGCCGAGUCCCUCGCUCUACGCGUUUUGACAAUCUUCACGGAGCAUGGGCGAGCGAGUGCGCAACUUGUCGCGUUGGUCAAAGCACUCAUCAACGAGAGAGAUCUCGAUGCACGUUUCCUCAUUCCCAUUAUCGCUGAGAUGGACAAGGUGGAUAUUAUGCGUCAUCUUCCUAGAAUCGUUUCCAUCCUGAAUGGCCAGCAAGAACCAAAGAAUCUCGUUCGCUCAGUCUUUGGUUCCAUUGUCACGACACCCCCGCAAACGUUUGGAAGCGUCACAUCGAAUCUACCACGAGUCCGGCAGAGUGAGUUGCUGACUCCUGCGGAGUUGAUGGUCUUGUUGCACCACUCUGAAAAAGAGAUUGGACUGAAGAGCGCAAUUGAAGCUAUUGGAAUUUGCUUUUCGAUGACAGAUGUGUUCCGUUCCGAAAUUCUUGCAGUCGUUAUGCAACAGAUUAUGGACGAACCAGUGUUACCGGUCUUGUUCCUGCGGACUGUGAUUCAAGCGGUGACGACCUAUAAAUCCCUUGUCGGCUUCGUCUCGACGACCCUUCUUUCUCGCCUCAUCACCAAAAAAAUAUGGAUAAAUCCGCCGCUCUGGGAAGGCUUUAUUCGCUGUGCGAAAGUCAUUGCGCCAGCAAGUUUUGGAGCUUUACUUCAGCUACCGAAGGACCAACUUCGGGAAUUGGUGGACAAGCAGCCCAGCUUGAAGUCUGGCCUACGGGACUAUGUCACGAAGAAGGCUCCGAACAAAGCGCGGGUCGCUGGCUUUUUGGAUAUUUUUGGGGAACCAGACGACGCAAAUAGCUCUGCCUCGACCCUGCGACCCGAAACACCACAGCUUGAGGGUGUAUUGACGGCCACAUCCUGA